GGCUCGUGUAAACAUGGGGAGGGGAAGGACAUUUGAGAAAGAAAAAAGAAAAUGGUUGUUUCGGCAAGGUCAAAUCAGGUGUUUUAGCAAUCCCGACGUCAAAAGAGAGAGGGAGCGAACGUCAGUUGUGUGUAUGGGUUCAUUACUGAUGGUCGCCAUUGUUCAACCUGCCUCUGGCCGAGAAUAAAUAACGUUAUCCCGGAUCCCAUCACUUGAUACCACCAGAUCAGUUUGUUCAAGUUUACUGCUGAUUGAGAAUGUCGAAUUCAUCUCCGAGAGGUUUGGCCACGGCCACAGUGGAACUAGUGCGUGAUACAUCACGUCGUUUAAGUGCUGAUUUGCGGGACAUGAGUCGUGAUUUUGGUAACGAGUUUCGUAACAUGGGCCGAGAGAUCCGUGACAUCCAUCGAGAGAUUGGUCAGCGUUUCCGUAGCUCCUCGUUGCAAGGUGUUCCACGCAUCGAGAUCCCACGCAUAGGUUUGCCCACGUUCGCCGACGGUCCACGUUAUGCUACCAUAGACGACGUGAUGAUUCCACAAGGUCAAGAAUUAGAUCGACUUUUGGAUGACGACGAGGAGAGUAUGUGGUCCAGUAAUCCACAACUGUGCUACGAGGACGAGGGUGCUGAUUUCCAGUCGUCUAACUCUAGUAAUCGUCUUUCCAUUAUUCGCUCGCCACGUACUGAAGAGAUUCUCAAAAAUGUUGAACAGGCUUUACGUAAAACCGAUCAGGCAUUACGCGAUAUGCUGGGAAUUGAAGCAAAGAAAAGCACAUCGGGCAUGGUUACGCCGAAGAACUGUACUAGAGAAUUGCAAAAACGUAUUUCUGCUCCACCGCCAUCGCCGUCCAAUUUUGGAUUAUCUGCUCCGACAAAAUAGUUAAAGUGAACAAAAAUUCGUGCGUUUUAUCGUCGUGUCUUCUGAAUUGAUGAAUCUAAUUUAUUUCGAUUUCUAUGUCGUUUUUUGAAAAACAUAUAAAAUAUACAUUACAUUUAGAUUAUAUAUGUGAAAGAAAGUCGUAAAUGGACGCAAAUAAAGCAGUGAAAACUA